AUGAACUGGUGCAAAAGUUCAGCAAUAAAGAACAGACCUAAUGUUGAACUAUGAGCGAAGCAACACUGCACGCCACAAAUGAGAAAUAUUACGUAUAACCUGUUUUUUUUACUGUAAAUUCACGUAACGAGUCAGUCAACUUAGAAACAAAAAAGAUGGAAAUAGAAAAACAAGAACAGCUAAUCGAUGAAGUCUUUAAACGACCUGCAUUGUGGAACUUCAAACUAUCUGUAACUGAACGCAGCCUACAAAUAAAGAAACAACUCUGGGAAGAAGUGUAUAAAGCUAUGAACGGAACAUUCCAUUCCGUGGAGGCGAUGAAAAAGAAGUGGAAGUCGCUAUCAGAUUCUUUUCGAGUGCAUUCAAAAAAGGAUCAGCAACCGAGUGGAUCUGUAGCAAGUGGAAAAAAACCGUGGGUACAUCUACAACGUAUGCAGUUUUUGAAUGAUAUGCGGCUAGAAAGCAGAACUAUCUGCAGUAAUAUCGAGACUCUGUCAGAAUUUCAUGAUACACAAUCAAAUUCAUUAGAAUCGAAUGUUUCUCACGAUGACAGCAAUAGCUGUAACAGUCGUAGCAGCAACAGUCAUAAUACAUCACAUAGCAAUAAACGCCACAUGACUGCAGAUAAUCCCCAGGAUCGGAUUGCCAAUUCUUUGGAGAGUUCAUUGCUUUUUAAUAUGGGACAAAUAGAGCAAAUAGAGCAAAUUUUUCAUCAUCUUUCACAAAAUAUUCCACCAACUAUAUAUGAUAAACCUGCGUCAAUGGCACAUUUGGUAUCUGUCCUACUUCGUGAUAUAGACCCAGAAUUACUGGACGAAGUGAUGUUUGAUAUUUUGAAAGUAAUAAAUAAGUCAAAAAAAAGAAAAAGAUAAUAGAUUAUAUAAAGUUAUAAGAUAAGGAAACAAUUUUUUGAUAUUUCUAAUAGAUUACAGGUUUCUUGUAAUGUGUGUACACAUAAUCAGUUUCAUACAUCAUACAUCCGAUAA